AUAACAAACUUAAAGAAAUGAUACGACAUUCGACUAUCUGAGGCAGGGGACAUUCCAACGAACAAUAGGCCGCCGUCCCCACCCCUAUCCCGUUACGCGUUACCUGGCAACCUUAGUCGGUACUUGAUCAUCGAACAGGCAGCUUGUGUCAGUUAUCGGCGAUUUUUAGAAAACGUUACCAUUGUGAGCUAAACUGCAGUUUCCUGUGUUAACCUGGUUAAAAAAAGCAAUGGAUUCAAAUACUUCAGGUUCAGCGGGUACCUCUGGAGUGAGAAUAGUGACUCGUAAAUCACUCUUCGAUAAGAUGAAGAAUGAAAAUUUACGUAAUUUUGAAGAAAAGUUGGGUUUUUUAAGAGACCACCUUUUCACUCAAGACGACCUUUCUGAAAGUCAGUUAAAUAAACUGAAACACAAUUUUGCGCAUCUUAAAUCAGAACUGAAGCAAAGGUGGAUUAAAGCGCACAAAAAAGAAGAGGUUUUCUUAAAAAACAACCAUCUUUGGCUGGAAGGUACUUUCGAAAUUCCAGUCACAACUACAAAUCGUCAAGGUCGCCCUCGCAAAUCAUUUGGUGAAUCUAGCGAAAGGAGCAAAAGGAGGAAAACCGAAGAUAUUCGCUCCAUUGUAGAAGAUGGUGUUUUAAUUCACGCAGCACAAGUUGAAUUAAGAAAAUCUGGAAAACGUGAUGCUUCCCGCGUACUCCAAGAUAUAACAAGCUCCCCGACUCGUGCAACGAAGUACAAAAAAGCUUUCGAUACCUCUAAGUGUGGAGUAUCAUCGCGUCUAACCCCUAUGGAAGCUUUAAAAAUGUUUAUAGAUGCAGAUUUAACACGAGGACAAUAUGAAAUCAUAAGAAAGACAAACAAGAAGUUUUUUCCCUGUUAUAGCUUAAUUCAAGAAGCCAAAAAGAAAUGUUAUCCUCCUCCAGAAACGACCACGGUAACGAGUACCUGCGCGGAAACCCAACUGCAACCAUUAAUUGAUAUUACUGUCAAGCGUUUAUCAGAAUUCUUAGAAGAAGUCUUAUUGAGAAUAAACAAACAAGAGCGGAACACUUUGAAAUUGUUAUGUAAAUGGGGCUGCGACGGAUCCCAACAAGCCCAAUACAAACAAAAACUAGACGAUGAGAUUGACUCUGAUGCAAAUAUUUUUCAAAGCUGCUUUGUACCUGUGCGAUUAAUUUGCGGCACGGACAAACAAAAGGUGUUAUGGGAAAAUCCAACACCUUCAUCUGCCCGAUUUUGUCGUCCAAUAAGAUUUCGCUUCGUAAAAGAGACAACUGAUAUUACAAACGAAGAGAUCAAUUAUGUUAAAAAUUCCAUUGGUAAUUUGGUUGCGACUGAGGUGGAUAUUGACGGAGAAAAGUUUUUAGUGAAUUCCCAAUUUGUAAUGACAAUGGUCGAUGGAAAGGUAUGCAACGCAGCUACUGGCACAACAUCCACAAGUCGUUGCUACAUUUGUGGGAAAGUUUCCAAAGAAUUCAACAAUUUACAAGACAAAAGGAGAAUUUCAAAGGAUGCUACUGUAUUCGGUUUUUCCUUUUUACAUGCGAGAAUACGAUUUUUUGAAAGCAUUCUACAUCUAUCGUAUAAAUUGCCCGCGAAGAAGUACCGGCAGAGAAAAUCAGCGGAAGAAAAAGAAAUGGAGUUGAAUAAGAAAGUCGAAAUACAGACCAGGUUUCGCAAUGAAACUGGCUUAUUGGUUGACAUGCCGAAAGCAAACUUCGGAAACACAAAUGACGGCAACACCAGCAGGAGAUUUUUUGAAGAUCCAAAACUAUCCUCAGAUAUUACAGGAAUAGAUUACGAGUUAAUAUAUAGAUUAAAAGUGAUUUUGGAAACGAUUUCGAGCGGAUACGAUAUAAAUUUAGAAAAAUAUGAAAAAUAUGCAGAAGAAACUGCUUGCUUAUACGUGCAACUUUACCCGUGGCACCCAAUGACACCCACACUUCACAAAGUACUUGUGCACGGAUCAGACAUAAUAAAAAAUGCAUUGUUACCCAUAGGGCAACUAUCUGAAGAAGCAGCAGAAGCGCGCAAUAAGCAUUUUAGGUCAUACAGAUAG